GUGUAUGUUUUCAAGAGUUAGGUCUUAAUCUGAAAGUCUUAACCGGAAGCUUGAAUUUUUCUAUUUAUUUUUAUUUUGACACGCUCAACAGUGACCGCCCACUUUUUCAGCAGCUCUGGUACCGGAAGUGAAUUUACGGUUCAAUGCUUUACAGAAAGUCGUUAAAUCAGAACUUUUAAUCCUGGAAACAAACCAACCCACGACCAAAACACUCGUGACUGUGGAACAGCUGACUCAGCACGAAGACGACUUCUUAAAACAAGAAAAAAGGCAAAGUUUAACCCAAGCACAGGUGAGCACCGCCUGACAGGCUGGAAAGAGACCGAGGUGUGUAAUGUCGUAAAGAGAUGAAAACAUGCUGUUCACACGGAUCUGCAGGCUGCUUCAUGCUGUAGCAGCAUCACAGGCUUCAUCCAGACACGCAGUGAUCCGCAGAAGCAUGGCUUCAGGCCCCACUUCCACAGAAACCACUCGGUUCGACUUCCUGGUGAUCGGCGGGGGGUCUGGAGGUCUGGCCGGGGCUCGGAGGGCGUCGGAGCUCGGUGCAGCCACCGCAGUCAUCGAGAGUCACAAACUCGGAGGUACCUGCGUCAAUGUCGGCUGUGUCCCCAAGAAGGUCAUGUGGAACGCUGCGGUGCACGCCGAGUAUCUCCACGAUCACGCUGAUUACGGCUAUGACGUGGAGAGUGUGCGCUUCAGCUGGGA